AUGGCUACUAAGAAGAGAAGUCGAAGUGAUAAGAAUGGUGGCAAGAAGAGGGCUACUGACGCUACGACCAGGCGAAAACAAACCAAGACGACCCCAAAGAACACUUUGUACAUCAGGAAUCUCAACGAGAAGAUAAAUACCAAGCGACUAAGGCAUGGUCUAUUUAUGCUAUUUUCGAUAUAUGGUGAAGUCUUAAAGGUUACAAUAAACUUCAAGGCAUUACGAGCCCAAGCGUUUAUUACACUGCGAUCGGUUGAAGAAGCAUCGCUGGCGAAAGCCGCAUUGGAAGGUGAAGUGUUUUUCAAUAUACCUUUGUCUAUUGAAUUCAGUAAAGCGAAUACCAAAGAUCUAGAAUGA